UUCGUGAAAAACUAGGCAUUGGGAAAUGGUUUUGUCCUCUUCAUAAGUUGUUCUAAAUGUUUUACAGAGAGCCAGCCGGCCCUGAUAUCUUGAAGUCCUUCUGAUUGGGUCUCACACCUCAUUACAUUUCCAUUUCCUCUGCCCAGACACAAUCACACAGACAUAUUGAAGAUCAGCAGACCUUAUACAUAUUUUGUCAAACAGAAAUGUUCAAUGGAGCGGACUCCUGUCAGUUCACUUCCACCAUUUACCAAACAAAUAAACAGAAGAAGAAGAAGACCAUCGCCGUGGUUCCCACCCAAACAAAAUAUCGCUUCCACAAGGAAGAAGCUACAGGACAUUGUUUACAAAGUCCUCAUUAAGGAAGUUGUGAGAUAACGACACACCACACACACACACACACACACACAGGGACAACACGAGCCCUGAGAAAUGCAGAGGCUACCAUAUCAUAGAUAAGGGAGAGAGAGAGAGAGAGAGAGCGAGAGAGAGAGAGAGAGAGAGAGAGAGAGAGAGAGAGAGAGAGAGAGAGAGAGAGAGAGAGAGAGAGAGAGAAUGCAAGGGAGAGGGAGACACAGAGAGAAGCUACCUAAGAGAUGCCUAUGCAAUGUCGGGUGAAGCAACGCCACAACCACCCUUCAUCCGGAACACCGACUGUUGAGAAAACCGACAUCAAAAGGUGUGUUUGAGGAUAAAGGUCGUAAGAACCGGACCGGGAGCAGAUCAUCUGUGUGAGGGGCCACCACACACAGUGAGAGGAACACGGACCUCCUGAUCGCUCCUCCAGCUCCUGGAGCCAGCAGCAGCACACCCAGGGUUAACCACCAACAACCAGCGGAUCAUCGACACGUUCGUCUCCAACCUUUGGAUUAAGGAUUGCGAGAUUAGAUUAGACUGCGUCACCGGGGUCCUUGUUGGACAGUCCUUGUGGAUAUACAGCCCUCUCCAUGGCAGACUUUAGGGUCUCCGGGUUGUCUUUCACCCAGACCCUCACACCCCUGCUCCCCCUCCUGGUUCUCCUCCUGGGGGGGGGCCUCUCUGGCCAGGGCAGCCCCAUCUCCCUCACCCCUCAGAGGCAUCGCCCGGCCCCAGGACUGGGGGAUGGGCACGGUGGGGUGCUGGACCCCUCUCUCCUGGAGCAGGACAGUAACGCUGACAUGCAGAGCCUCCUAGAGAGCCUGAGGGGCCAGUUCUUAAGCACCUUCAACCUGUCCGGCCUGGGGCCCCCAGCCCUGGGCUCUGGCUCUGCCCGUGUGGAGCCCCCUGAGUUCAUGAUGGAGCUGUACAACCGCUUUGCCAACGAUCGCACAGCCAUGCCCACCGCCAACAUCAUACGCAGCUUCAAAAACGAAGCCUCGUCUCCCUGCAGCAUCGGAGCCCAGGGCAUGAGGAUCCACCCCCUCCUCUUCAACAUCUCCGUCCCCCACCACGAACGCAUCACGGCCGCCCAGCUGCGCCUCUACACGUUGGUCCAGACCGACCGUGACCUCUACGAUGGCGUGGACCGCAAGGUCACGGUCUACGAGGUGGAACGGCGGGACGCGGACGACAACAAGACCGGCGAGGCGGAGGCCCGCCGGGGGGGCGGAGGAGGAGGAGCAGGAGGAGGAGCAGGAGGAGGAGCAGGAGGAGGAGAUGGGGCGGAGCUCGUGGAGUUGGCCUCGCGGCAGGUCUACGAGACAGACAACGGCUGGGAGGCGUUCGACCUGACCGCCGCUGCCCAGCACUGGCGCAGGUCCGAGCACGGCGCCACCCACAGGCUGGAGGUCCACAUCGCCAACCUGGGCUCCGAGGACGCCGGUCGCCCCGCAUCCGAGGGGGGAGGCGGCGGUGGAGGAGGAGAGCGGGGGCCCAGAGGAGACAUGGAGAUCGAAUCCGGCCUGGAGGACAAACACAAACCCCUCAUGAUCGUCUUCUCCGACGACCAGAGCGGAGACCACCGCGAGGACAAGCGCGAGCUGAACGAGAUGAUCGUCCAGGAGACGUCGGAGGCAGUGUUCCAGGAGGACCUGGGCCUCAACGGGCUGUGGGGGCAACCGGGCCGGCCGCGGGAGGACGACGAGGAGGACUCGGACGACGAAGAGUCCCUCAUCCAGAUGCGCUCCAACCUCAUCUACGACACGGCCACCCGGAUCCGCCGCAACGCCAAGGGCAACCAGUGCAAAAAGCAGCCGCUCUACGUCGACUUCAAGGACAUCGGCUGGGACAGCUGGAUCCUGGCCCCGGCCGGCUACGAGGCCUUCGAGUGCAACGGCGUGUGCACCUACCCGCUCACCAAGCACGUCACGCCCACCAAGCACGCCAUUGUGCAGACGCUGGUCAGCAUGAAGAGCCCUCAGAAGGUGGCGAGGGCGUGCUGCGUGCCCACCAAGCUGGAGCCCAUCUCCCUCCUCUACCUGGACGACACCGGCGUGGUCACCUACAAGUACAAGUACGACGGGAUGGUGGUGGCGGAGUGCGGCUGCAGAUAGGCCACGCCCCCCCCCCACGUCUGCGGAGGGGGAGAGAAGGCGGUCGCGGGCGUCUUCCUGCGGGAAGAGGGAAGGACUCAUCGGGACGGAGACGAGAAGCGAAGGACGAGCGGAGGAGAGAUGGGGCUGUUUUAUCUUUCGUCUGAAGACUUUGCAGAGUCGCCGCGACCUGAAUCUGGUGAGAGGACUGAGAGGAACUUCUGGAAGGAACUGAUGGUAGGAGAUGUGGCUGUGGGACAUGGAACUAAAGGACGGAGAUUGACAAUGCUGCUGGAACGUGCCAGCUGUUUGUGAACGCAUUCAAGUUUAGUUUGUGAUAUCCCCUUUGUACAAUCUGUGCCGGCCCGUUUGUAUUUUCUCUUUGUUUCACGGGAGAAAAGGAGCUGUGAACCUGCCGAGUGCUGGGAGCUGACAGGCCUGUCUGGACCUUGUGGGAGCGGGGGCUCUCCU